GAUUUACUACUGCAUGCGGAAAAUUUUGAGUUUUCGCUUUGGAUGUGCCUCUCAGUUGAUAAUUGCUUUCAAAAACUAGUUCAGGCAUCCACAAGUGCGUUGAGUACAAGUUCUCGUCAAUGCGCAGCUGUUGGAGCAGAAGUCUCGAAAAUUCUGGAAGAUCGCAUUUUGGGUCAAGAAGUGAGCAUAAAUCUUGAAGAGACAGGUAAAGUAUUAUCAAUCGGAGAUGGUAUUGCUCGAGUUUAUGGUCUUAAGAAUAUUCAAGCGGAAGAGAUGGUUGAAUUCGACUCUGGUAUGAAGGGUAUGGCGCUGAACUUGGAUGUCGAUAAUGUUGGUGUUGUGGUGUUCGGUAAUGAUAAAGUAAUUCGAGAAGGUGACAUCGUUAAACGAACUGGUGCCAUUGUGGAUGUGCCUGUUGGCGAGGCCUUACUUGGUCGAGUUGUGGAUGCUUUGGGUAAUCCAAUUGAUGGUAAAGGUCCAGUCAAGUGUAAGGAACGAUCAAGGGUUGGUGUGAAGGCGCCAGGUAUCAUCCCGCGUAUAGGGGUGCGUGAGCCUAUGUUAACUGGAGUCAAAGCUGUCGAUUCGCUCGUACCAAUCGGUAGAGGACAACGAGAACUUAUUAUUGGUGAUCGUCAAACCGGAAAGACGGCAAUUGCGAUCGAUACAAUAAUAAAUCAAAAACGCUUCAAUGCUGGCAACGACGAAAAGAAGAAACUGUAUUGUAUCUACGUAGCCAUCGGUCAGAAACGUUCGACCGUCGCUCAGAUUGUGAAGCGUCUAACAGAUAGUGGUGCUAUCAAUUAUACUAUCAUCGUAUCGGCCACAGCAUCAGAUGCUGCUCCUCUUCAGUACUUAGCUCCGUACUCUGGAUGUGCUAUGGGUGAGUACUUCCGUGAUCACGGCAAACAUGCGCUCAUCAUCUACGACGAUCUUUCGAAACAGGCUGUCGCCUACCGGCAAAUGUCUCUUCUGUUACGUCGUCCUCCAGGCCGAGAAGCUUAUCCUGGCGACGUUUUCUAUCUUCAUUCUAGAUUACUUGAAAGAGCUGCCAAGAUGAAUGAAACACAUGGAGGAGGUUCGUUGACUGCAUUACCAGUAAUUGAGACUCAAGCUGGUGACGUAUCUGCGUACAUUCCAACAAAUGUCAUUUCGAUUACUGAUGGUCAAAUCUUCUUAGAAACCGAAUUGUUCUAUAAGGGUGUUCGUCCAGCGAUCAACGUAGGAUUAUCUGUAUCACGAGUAGGGUCUGCUGCUCAAACAAAGGCCAUGAAGCAGGUGGCUGGUUCAAUGAAAUUGGAAUUGGCUCAGUAUCGAGAGGUAGCCGCAUUUGCGCAGUUCGGUUCUGACUUAGAUGCAGCUACACAGCAGUUGUUGAACAGAGGUGUACGUCUCACGGAAUUGCUCAAACAAGGACAGUAUGUACCGAUGGCUAUUGAAGAACAGGUGGUUGUGAUAUAUGCAGGAGUAAGAGGACAUUUGGAUAAACUUGAUCCUUUAUUGAUAACGAGAUUCGAGAAGGAAUUCUUAGCACAUAUUCAACAAACACAACAAGAUUUGCUGAAAACAAUUCGUGAAGAAGGUAGCAUCUCACCAGCCACCGAAACUCGACUCAAAGAAUUGGUCUCUUCAUUUUUAGCUGGUUUCAAACAUUAG